AUGAAAUUCAAAAAAGGAGGUGAUGAGCUCAAGAUUGCAUUUAAUAGUGCAUCUAAAGCUUACAACAUAGAAGAUUUUGAAAAGAGCAUGCAAGACUUGGACAAUAUAGAUGUAAGAAUAAGAGAUUACUUGGUGAAUAAAAUUGGUGUCGAAAAGUGGACAAGACUAUAUGGCAUGAACAGGAGAUACAAAAUAAUGACAUCAAAUAUGGCCGAAUCAGUCAAUGCAGCCUUGAAAGCAGUAAGAGACCUACCCAUCUUAACUCUACUAGAAUGCCUACAUUCAUUGGUGCAAAGAUGGUAUUGGGAAAACAAGAAUAGAGCCCAAAAAACUACAACAACACUGGCAAAAAUACCUGAAAAAACAUUAAAGAAACAAAGAGAUAUGAGUUUAAAGUACAAGGUUGAAACAUCAAAUCUUCUGGUAUACCAAGUACACGACAACAACAGAUCUCACAUAGUAAACUUUGAGAACAAAACAUACAGCUGCCAAUGA